UAAACACUGACAAUCAAUGCACUGUGUGUACUAUAGUAGCUAAUGCACAGUGCUCAUUACGAGUGCUGUGUUGUAUGCAGCUAGAGCUAUGGCUACCUCUAGCUCUGUAGGAGAUUGUGAUGUCACUAGAGCUAUGGCUACCUCUAGCUCUGUAGGAGAUUGUGAUGUCACUAGAGCUAUGGCUACCUCUAGCUCUGUAGGAGACUGUGAUGUCACUAGAGCUAUGGCUACCUCUAGCUCUGUAGGAGACUGUGAUGUCACUAGAGCUAUGGCUACCUCUAGCUCUGUAGGAGACUGUGAUGUCACUAGAGCUAUGGCUACCUCUAGCUCUGUAGGAGACUGUGAUGUCACUAGAGCUAUGGCUACCUCUAGCUCUGUAGGAGACUGUGAUGUCACUAGAGCUAUGGCUACCUCUAGCUCUGUAGGAGAUUGUGAUGUCACUAGAGCUAUGGCUACCUCUAGCUCUGUAGGAGACUGUGAUGUCACUAGAGCUAUGGCUACCUCUAGCUCUGUAGGAGACUGUGAUGUCACUAGAGCUAUGGCUACCUCUAGCUCUGUAGGAGACUGUGAUGUCACUAGAGCUAUGGCUACCUCUAGCUCUGUAGGAGACUGUGAUGUCACUAGAGCUAUGGCUACCUCUAGCUCUGUAGGAGACUGUGAUGUCACUAGAGCUAUGGCUACCUCUAGCUCUGUAGGAGAUUGUGAUGUCACUAGAGCUAUGGCUAUAUACCUCUAGCUCUGUAGGAGAUUGUGAUGUCACUAGAGCUAUGGCUACCUCUAGCUCUGUAGGAGAUUGUGAUGUCACUAGAGCUAUGGCUACCUCUAGCUCUGUAGGAGAUUGUGAUGUCACUAGAGCUAUGGCUACCUCUAGCUCUGUAGGAGAUUGUGAUGUCACUAGUUAUUCUUAUUC